UUUGACUCUGUCGGAGAAUAUGCCAAGGCUGAAGAAUAUGUUCAGAAAGCACUUACCAUCAGCACAGAAAUUGGCGCCAAAACCGGAGAAGCGACAUGCUACGGAAACCUUGGAUGUUUGUGUCUAAUUAUCGGUGAACAUGCCAAGGCUGAAGAAUAUUUUAGAAAAGCUAUUGAAAUUAGCAAGGACACUCGAGACAUCGAAGUGCAGUUUACGGCUCACCUAAAUCUAAAUUAUUGUUCUUUAGCAUUAACAGGAAACACAUCUGAAGCUUUAUCGAAUCUCCUUGCUAGCAUUGAGAAGUGCGAGAGAUUGCUUAACUUUCUAGGAAACAAUGAUCGAUAUAAGAUAUUAUUUUUUGAUCAACACGCUCCCCCUAUCGACUGUUCAGUUCACUGUGUUCUUCUUCUGGAAAACACUAUGAGGCUUUACACGUUGUUGAGCUUGGAAGAGCCAGAGCUCUAGCAGACCUAGUAGCAGACCGAUAUUUUGUGGAGAAAGAAGUAUCUCUCAAUCCAGAAUCGUUUGCUGGCAUCUUGAAGGUCAUCAGAGAAAGUAGUAACAGAACGUACCUAUACAUUUCCUACCAUGGUGAGAAUAUAUUUCUUUGGACUGUAAAACAAAGCAAGCCGAUAGCUUUCCGAACAACGAAAGUUUGUGAAAGCUAUGUUAGCAAGCACGGAAAAAUCUCUGUGGAUGACCUUUUUAAAAAGGAAAGCUUAUCAAGAAAUUUUCACGUUUUACCUCAAGAGCAAUGCGAGGACCGAUCACUCUUCUCCUCGUACGCCAACCAACUUACAAACGAAGCAAAUCUGGAAGAUAGUCUCUCAUCCUUGCGUCCUCUUUUAGAUGAGGAAGAAGUAAACACAGACCCUGAACCGCUAACACUUUUUCAGGUUUACAACAUGUUGAUUGCUCCCGUAAGUGACUUGCUAGAAGGAUCUGAAAUCAUUGUUGUUCCUGAUCGCUGCUUAUUCCAAGUCCCGUAUGCAGCAUUACAUGAUGAAAGUAACCGAUAUUUAUCAGACACUUUCAGGAUACGUAUUGUCCCUUCUUUGACGACUCUCAAGCUCAUUCUGGACAGUCCAGCGGGCUCUCACAGCGAAACUGGUGCAUUGAUUGUGGGUGAGCCAAGUGUGACGGAUGUGUAUUUCAAGGGAGAUUCAAGGUAUCUCUGUCCAUUGCCUGGCGCGAAAGCGGAAGCAGAGAUGAUUGCAAGACUACUACCUGAAUCUCACCUUUUAAUAGGAGAGCAAGCAACAAAGCAGGCGGUGCUCCAGAGACUACCUUCAGUGAGUCUUGUGCAUUUCGCUGCUCAUGGUGAUGCCGAAAGAGGAGAAAUUGCUCUUACCCCCUCUGACUCCGCAAUGCGUCCUCCACAUGAAGCAGACUACUUACUGACAAUGACCGACAUCUCACAAGUUAGACUGUCAGCCAAACUGGUGGUCCUUAGCUGUUGCCAUACCGCAAGUGGACAGAUCAAAACAGAAGGCGUUGUUGGAAUCGCUCGAGCAUUCUUAGGAUCGGGUGCACGCUCAGUGUUGGUGGCAUUGUGGGCCUUACAAGACGAUGCAACAGAACACUUCAUGAGAAGAUUCUACGAAAACCUUGUCCAAGGAGAAAGUGCAAGUGAAUGUCUUCACCGGGCCAUGAAGUGGAUGCGAAAGAACGGUUUCUCUGAAGUGAGGCAGUGGGCACCUUUCAUGCUGAUUGGGGAUGACGUGUCAUUCCACUUUGGUGAAGAAAAGUAA